CGAGGUCACCAGCGCAAGGCAGGGAGCCCGAUGCUCUCCAGCGAGACCGGCUCGGCCCCUUUGGCUCGGCUCAGCCUACCAUGUGGACUCUGCCCCUCCAGCGCAGGACUGGGGUUUUAAAAUAAAAUGGAUGAUUUGACGUUACUUGAUCUUCUGGAGUGUCCCGUGUGUUUUGAAAAGCUCGAUGUCACAGCCAAAGUCCUCCCCUGCCAGCACACCUUCUGCAAGCCAUGUCUCCAGAGGAUUUUCAAGGCCCGCAAAGAGCUGAGGUGUCCUGAAUGCCGGACCCUGGUCUUCUGCAGCAUCGACGCGCUGCCGGCCAACCUGCUGCUGGUGCGGCUGCUGGAUGGCGUGCGCGCUGGGCAGAGCUUGGGGCGCGGGGGCUCCUUCCGCAGACCUGGCGUGCUGACCUCCCCGGAGAGCAGGAAAAGCAGGACCCACCCCAGAGGGCUGCAGUCCAGCCCUUUCCGACUGGUGCCCAACAUCAAGUUCCACAUGGAUGGGGUGCCUCGAGCAAAAGCCUUGUGCAACUACCGAGGGCAGAGUCCCGGCGACCUGAGGUUUAACAAGGGAGAUGUCGUCCUCCUGCGGAGACAGCUGGACGAGAACUGGUACCAGGGGGAGAUCAACGGAGUCAGUGGCAUCUUCCCAGUAAACUCUGUGCAAGUCAUCAAGCAACUGCCCCAGCCGCCGCCACUCUGCCGCGCCCUCUACAACUUCGACCUGCGGAACAGGGAUCGGAGCGAGAACCAGGAUUGUCUGACUUUCCUCAAGGAUGACAUCAUCACUGUGAUCAGCAGAGUGGAUGAGAAUUGGGCAGAAGGCAAGUUAGGAGAUAAAGUGGGCAUCUUCCCUAUCUUGUUUGUGGAGCCAAACCUCACUGCAAGACAUCUCUUAGAGAAGAACAAAGGACGUCAGUUAUCUCGCACAAAAACCCUGUCUCUAGGGUCCCCAUCUCCCAGAGGCAAAGCAACCAAUUCGCCCACCCUUCAAAGGGGCCCUGGGUCCAGGAGGAAGGGGCCUGGGCAGUUCUCCAUCACAACAGCUUUGAACACGCUCAACAGGAUGGUCUAUUCCCCUUCAGGACGCCAAAUGGUGGAGAUCAGCACCCCAGUCCUUAUCAGCUCCAGCAACCCCUCUGUGAUCAAUCAGCACAUGGAGAAAGCAGAAGUUUCUCCCAGCUCCGCUGGACAGGUCAGCACUUACCACCCUGUACCUGCCUCUCCCGGACAUUCCACAGCCGUCGUCAAUCUACCCAACUCUCAGCAACACCUCUCGACUAACAUGUUUGUCGCCCUGCACUCCUACUCAGCCCACGGGCCCGAUGAGCUGGACCUGCAAAAGGGAGAAGGCAUCAGGGUCCUGGGGAAGUUCCAAGACGGCUGGCUCAGGGGCGUCUCCUUAGUCACCGGGCGAGUCGGCGUCUUCCCAAACAACUAUGUCAUCCCCAUUUUCAGAAAGACAUCUAGUUUUCCAGAGUCCCGGAGCCCUGGUCUCUACGCUACAUGGACAUUAUCCACCUCCUCUGUGUCCUCCCAAGGCAGUAUUUCUGAAGGUGAUCCCCGGCAAAGCCGUCCCUUCAAAACCGUCUUCGUGCCUACAGCCAUAGUCAACCCUCUGAGGAGCACAGCCAGCCCGGCGACUGUAGGACAGGGGUCUCUUCGCAAAGGGCGGAACAGCAUGAGAAAGAAUGGCUCCCUGCAGAGGUCCAGUCAGUCGGGCAUCCCCACACUGGUGGUGGGCUCCCUCCGACGCAGCCCUACCAUGGUCGUGCGGCCGCAGCAGUUCCAGUUCUACCAGCCGCCAGGGGUCCCGUCCGCACCCUCUGCCAUGGUGGUGGAGCUGGGGCCCACGGCUGCGCCCACCGGGGAGCCUGCCCCCGUGUGCAUGAGCAGGGGCAACGACACCAGGGCCCACUCGGCCGCCAGCUCCCUGAUCAUGGAAGGCAAGGAGGCCCGGGUCAAGAGCGAGCCCCCACCCAAACCACCCGCGUCGGCGCCACCUUCAAUCCUCGUGAAGCCAGAAAACUCCAGAAAUGGCUCAGAAAAGCAAGUGAAAACCGUGAGAUUUCAGAAUUAUAGCCCUCCUCCCACCAAACAUCACACCUCCCAUCCUACCUAUGGAAAGCCUGACCAGCCAGCCACCCCCAAAGGGUCCCAGCCAGAAGCAACCUUCUUCGGCCCAGAGAUGACCAUCCUAUUCGCCCACCGAAGCGGUUGCCAGUCCGGACAGCAGACAGACAUCCGGAGAAAGUCAGCUUUGGGCAAAGUCAUGACGCCAGUGCCUGCCGCCUCCACCACGCAGACCGCGUUUCCCAGCAAAUGAAGCUCCGGUGGCUAUUCCUAGACCUGAAAGAGACCCCGCCUUGGUGAUCUUCCUAGGAGGAGCUAGCAACAACUGGGAUCCGAGAGACAAGAGAUACCUGUUUAGAUGGAAACUGUUCAAUGGAGAAUUCGUGGACCAUGUGAUGGUCCCUGGACAUCAGGGAUGCUUCGGGAACACCAACUGGCUGGCCUCCAACAUAAGAUGGUAAUAAGAGCAGAGAGUCUGCCUGCCUUCACCCACAGCAUGAAUGAGCCAAGGUAGAGAAAAGCAAGUGAGACUCCUGUGGUGUGCUGUCACAAGUUAAACCAGAUUCCCAUCCCUCCUGUAGUUCAUUUCUGUUGUCAAGGCCAGACUUUAUCUUGCUAAUUUCUCUUGGUACCUACACUGGACAUCAAGUGCCCUCCAGCUCUAUGUCUGGGUUGGCUCUCCUGCUCAGACUUAGUGCAGUGCAGGAAAUAGCAUAAUAAUCUUCUCUCAUGGUCUAGCUGGAGAGGCCAGUGCUUCUUCCUGAUCUCCCCUUACCUUCCCCCCAACCCUAGCCCCUUACCUAACAUCUGACAUCCCCCCACCACCUGCUUAGGUGUUUCCAUUCUAGUUCGAUCCUCUGCUUCCCCUGACACCUUCUGAUCCAGGAGGUUCCUGUGCUUAGAAAACACUGACCCAGGAAAUAGGACUUGGUACCUAAAGAAUCUCGGACAAGAAGCAUCUCUGAUGUUAUAGGAAAGAAACCACAGACUACAACCCUUACAGAGAGGCUGUUUCAAACCUAGAGAAAUAAAAAGCAGGUCUAACA